AUGCAAAUCUUUGUGAAGACGCUAACGGGGAAGACUAUUACUCUGGAAAAUGUAAAGGCUAAGAUUCAAGACAAGGAGGGCAUCCCGCCGGAUCAGCAGCGUUUAAUCUUCGCCGGUAAGCAGUUGGAAGAUGGUCGCACUCUGUCCGACUACAAUAUACAAAAGGAAUCGACCCUUCAUUUGGUGCUUCGACUUCGUGGUGGCAUGCAAAUAUUUGUGAAGACGUUGACUGGCAAGACGAUUACCUUGGAGGUGGAGCCAAGUGACUCGAUAGAGAAUGUGAAGGCGAAGAUCCAAGACAAGGAGGGCAUUCCACCGGACCAACAGCGUUUAAUCUUCGCCGGUAAGCAGUUGGAAGAUGGACGCACCUUGUCUGACUACAAUAUACAAAAGGAGUCGACUUUGCAUUUGGUGCUUCGACUUCGUGGUGGCAUGCAAAUAUUUGUGAAGACGCUUACGGGGAAGACUAUUACCUUGGAGGUGGAGCCGAGUGACUCGAUAGAGAAUGUGAAGGCGAAGAUUCAAGACAAGGAGGGCAUUCCACCGGACCAGCAGCGUUUGAUAUUUGCGGGUAAGCAGCUGGAAGAUGGUCGCACUCUGUCUGACUACAACAUUCAAAAGGAGUCAACUCUGCAUCUUGUGCUUCGUCUUCGUGGCGGUUGA